UAAAGCCUUUCAAAUAUAGAAGCUAAAAACUAGCUGUUAUGCCUUGCUGGAAAAUCAAAGAAGAGAAAAUAGAUUUGUGAUGCAACCUAAAGAGUUUUAGGUGAGAGCUAAGGAAGAAAUAUUCUGAUAAUUAAACUUCCAGAAAGUUUGCUGAGGCGCUUAAGGAGGCAGGUCUUGGAGAGUUUAAGUGAUGGAUUUAAAUGUGUCCAUUUUUUCAUCCACAUUCCACUUUACCUUCUUUAAAAUAAUUUCUUAAAAUUCUUGCCAUAAACAGUAUCUUUUAAGAAAAGAAACUAACCUUUUGAUCACCUAGAAUAGGACCACACAUUGUUUCAAGCACUUUUAUAUAUAUUAGUUAAUAUUUGUAACAACUCCCUGAGAUAGAUAUUAUUACCCCCAUUCUAUAGAUAUGGAAAUUGAAGUUCAAAGGUUUAGCUAUUCACCCAAAAUUAUACAGCUGGUGGUGAAUGUCAAGGUCAGGAUUUGAAUCUAGCUCUAUGUUUUCUCCUUCUUUCCACUAUACCUGUCAGCUUCCCCUAACUAAAAGCUGGAUGAUGGGCCAAAGGACCAAUGAGACACAGCUUCCUGAACUCAUUCACACCCAAAACAAUAACUUACUCAGCUGUCUUUGCUACACCUACCAUAGUACCUGUCGCAGUUCCUUCGGGCCACUAUAACCACGUACCAUGGACAGUAUAGCUUAUCAACAGUACAAAUUUAUUUCUCCUAGUUCUGAAAGCUGGAUGUCCAAGAUCAGGGUGCCAGCCUGGUUGGGUUCUGGCAAGGGUUCUAUUCCACUUGCAGACUGUCAGCUUCUGGCAAUGUCCUCAAUGGCAGUAGGAGCAAAUGAGCUCUCUAGGGUCUCUUUUAUAAGGGCACUAAUUCUAUUCAAGGGGGCUCAGUCCUCCUGACCUAAUCACCUAAACACCCUACAUCCUAAUACCACCACCUUGGGAUUUAAGAUUUCAACACGUGAAUUUCAGAGGCACUAAAACAUUUAGUCCAUUGCCGUACUUCAAGUAAAUGUGUCUAAAUUGAUUUAAACUUGCUCCUGUCUGAGGAGGUGACAUUUAAGCAAAGACACCAAUGAAGCAGAGUCAGCCAUGUGAACCCCUGGGGGAAGAAUGUUCCAAGCAGAGGGAAUGCCAAGUACAAAGACCCGAGGUAGGAAGUGGCUUGGUUUGUUUGAGAAGCAUCAAGGAGAUCAAUAUGAUUGCUGCUAAGUGGAUGAGAAGAAGACUAGUAGGAAGUAUGGUUGAAGGGAAGCCAGGAGUCAGGCCACUUACUUUAAAAAGAAUCCAUGAUCAAUAGAUUGUGAUGCUUUAUAAGAGAAAGGAAACAUGAUUAAGUUGAUGAAAAUGGUCAUGGUUUACUGAAUGACUUGUGUGUGCUAGGCACAGGGUAAGACAUUGAAGUGUAUUAUCUUAUUUAAUCCUCACACUAAAUCUUUAAGGAGGUAUUGUCCCAAUUUUAUACCUUGAGGAAAAUGGAAAAAUAGAAAUAUUAAGUAACAUGGUUCACAUAGUAAGUGGCAGGCAGGAUUUGACCCAGGUUUCUGAUUCCAAACUCUGGCUUUUUCCACUCUACGGUAUUUUCUCUUUUGAAAGACUUUGAGUAAGGAGAAAGGGGUUCAUGCAUGCAUGCACUCAACAAGUAAUUACUGUUCAUUGCUAUGUGCCAGGCACUGUGGAAAUAGUAUUAAAAAGUAAUGUAGCAUUUAAAAAGUUUUUAUAUCAUUACAUUCUUACCAAUCACUUGUUUUUAAAACUUUGCAGAUAGAUGGACUAUAAGGCAAUUGCCCAACAAACUGCCCAAGAAGUUUUAGGUUACAGUCAAGAUACAUCAGGCUGGAAAGUGGUUAAGAUUUCAAAAAAGGUAACUGUUUGCUGCAAGGCUUCUAUAAAAUUUCGUGGAAAUCUAUAUCGUGUUGAAGGGAUAAUUCCAGAAUCAUCAACUAAACUAUCUGAUUUUCUCUACAACCCUGGAAACAGAGUUACAUGGGACAAAGCGUUACAGAUGUACAAUAUGGUACACCGGAUUGAUUCGGACGCAUUUUUAUGUCAUACCAUUACACAAAGUUUUGCCAUGGGCUCAAUUUCCCCCCGAGACUUUAUCGACCUAGUACACAUCAAGCGCUACGAAGGGAAUAUAAGCAUUAUCAGUUCUCGAAGUGUGGAUUUUCCAGACUAUCCUCCAUCUCCAAAUUUUAUCCGUGGUUAUAACCAUCCUUCUGGCUUUGUAUGUUCACCUCUGAAAGAAAACCCAGCAUAUUCCAAACUAGUGAUGUUUGUCCAGACAGAAAUGAGAGGAAAAUUAUCCCCAUCAAUAGUUGAAAAAGCCAUACCUUCCAAUUUAGUAAGUUUCAUCCUCAAUGCAAGAGAUGGAAUAAAGGCACAGAAAACUUCAUCAGGACGCGGAUUUCCUCAUAAGAGUCAUUCAUCACACCCAAAGAAGAAAUGAGGUCCAUUCUGCUGUAAAAUCAUGUAUAGCAGUUACUACAGUUGACUUCUAAGUCAACAUGUAUAAACAGUUAAACUACGCUAGACAGUAUUCUUGUACAACUUACUGAAGAUGCUUUGUGAAAAUAAGAACUCAUGGUUGUACAAGAAAACAGCAUUAGUUUUUAAUUUCACAUAAGAAUGAUGUUAAAUAACAAAUGUUAUUAAUAUGCUUUCACUUUUUGAAAAUGUUCUGUAUAAGACUCAGUAAGAAAGCAGAUACAGCCAGAUAUCAGCAUUAAUUAAAGAUUAAAAUACAUUUUAAAUUGUUUUUCUUUCACAUACUGUUUGAGAA